AUGCCUGCGGUGAUCAUCCUUUUAGGCGUGACAACGCAAAUCGAAAGAGAAGCACUUUCACAUUCAGCCGAAUUCUCCGGAUCAUGCAAGAUUAUGUUCAGAGGACAGCACAGCCGGUCUAGACACUCACUAAUCGAUGCAGGCCAAGUCAAGCAACGCAGAUAUCAAUUCGUCGUUUCAUGGUCAUGUAGAAAUUCUCCGCGAUGGCGCCCUGAAUUGGCAUUUUCGACAUCUGCAGAUGUCGAUAUACCACCAUUUCGAAAAGAAUCCCUUCCCUUCAAAUUCGAAACUGGACUUGCCUUAUUUGCCAAGAGAAAGCCUCGACCUUUUCCUCCUCCAUUUCUAUCACCUCCCUCAGGAUCCUUUUCCGAUCCCUUGAGUACUCAUCAUAGGAGUCGUGAUAGAAGACCUUCGGUGAACGGCGAGGUAAUUAGAGGAUAUACCAAUGGCGACGAUGCGGUUUACUCAAGUGAUUACUUUAUUGGCGCAAAUGAUGGUGUCGGAGCCUGGUCUACAAGAGACGGUGGUCAUGCAGGUUUAUGGUCAAGGCUGAUAUUACACUUCUGGGCUGCGGAAGUAGAGAAUGAUGCAAGGAGAUCUCGACCUGCAGGAAAGUACUUUGAGCCGAAUCCUAUUGAUUAUCUACAAAAGGCGUAUGAGCAAACGAUUCAAGCCACUGCGAGUCCGAAUAAAUGGCAAGGCACAACUACAGCCACCGGGGCACAAUUGCAUUAUAAACUGGAUGAUACAGAUCUUACUGCGCCCGCCACUCCUCUUUUAUACGUUACCAACAUUGGCGAUUCACAAGUACUAGUCAUAAGACCGAAACAGGAAGAACGUGUUUUCAAAACUACAGAACAAUGGCAUUGGUUUGACUGUCCUCGACAACUUGGUACAAAUAGCCCCGACACGCCUGUUAAUAAUGCUGUUAUGGAGAAGGUUGAAAUUGAGGAAGACGAUGUCGUUCUUGCCAUGUCUGAUGGCGUAAUUGACAAUCUAUGGGAGCAUGAAAUAAUUGAAAGUGUUGUAAGCAGUAUUCGUAAGUGGGAGCGAGGUGAAGGAGGUAUAGGUACUGGAGAUCGACAAGGUGGUGCUGGAGGUGGUAUGAAAUUUGUAGCCGAUGAGCUUAUGAAAGCUGCAAAAGUGAUCGCGCAAGAUCCUUUCGCAGAGAGUCCCUUCAUGGAGCACGCUGUCGAGGAAGGUCUUGCUAUGGAAGGAGGCAAACUAGACGACAUAAGUGUAGUUGCAGCUCUAUUUGACGCAGAGAUUAUUAAGGAUGCCGAUAGAUUCAAGAUGGACUUGGUCGGUGGUUUAGAGCGAACACUUCACGGUCAAGUGAAGCCUAUGAUUACACAAUGCUCAAUGCGCCAUUUAUAUGCUGCUUCAUCAGAACCAGGAGUUUCCUAUCUCAUCGACAAAGCAAAAACGUACGAGCGACGCCGUUGCGGUCAUCUCCCAGAAGAUUAUCCCGAACCUCUCUCUGCCCGCGAUUGUAUCAAAGCAGUUGUUGACGGCAAAAACAAUGGAACCAAUAAACACAGAUACGUAGUAGCAAGUCAAGAUAUAGAAGUUAGAAAGGCAAUGAGGGCAAUUCAGGGCGUACCUUUGGUAUACAUUAACAGGAGUGUUAUGAUUAUGGAACCUAUGGCAGAAACAUCUACGGAGACGAGAGAUAGAGAAGAAAGGUCGAAAUUUAGACAAGGCAUUAAGUCAGGACGAGCUUCAGGAAGUCUCAAGAGGAAGAGAAACGAAGGCGAUGAGGACGAUGACGAAGAAUCAGCAAAGAAAGAUAUGGGUGUAUCGGAAGGCGUUGCGAAAAAGAAGAAGAAUGCACCAGGACCUAAAGGACCCAACCCAUUAGCAAUGAAGAAGAAAAAGAAGGUUGAGGGAGAAAGUACGAAGCCUAAUGCGUCAAGCAAAGUGGCUGAUGCAAAUGAUACGGGAGCGGAUGGUUCAGAACCUAUCAAACGCAAACGAAAACGUCUACAUUCGAAGAAAAAGGCAGAGGAUGGAGCUGAUGGGGAAACGACAAUUUCAAAUGAUUUAUCUGUUAGAGACGCCACCUGCCCUGUGAGUCAAGGUGGUGGUCGAAGUGCUAGAAACAAUAUGCCACAGAGUGAUGAGACCACCACAAAUGCUAAGGAAGAUGGCAUUGUGGGACCGGGUACAGCUGUUCAAAAUGGACCUGCAGAACUGGAUGAUUUUGGAUUACCCCUCAAGAAGAGAGUUGUUCCAGAACCGGUAGCAUAUGAUGAAGAUUUGGAGAAUAUCGAAUCGGAGGAUAAGUCGAUUGUCCCAGAAGAUCGGAAUGCUGAGACUAGAGAGAAUGGAUUGGAGAAUGCGGAUGUCACCAAGGGAGAGGCAGAAAAGGCAGACGAUGUGAAGGAUAACGGAUCAGAUAAAGAAGAAGAGGAGCUCAAGGAUGUUCAAACAACGCCGUCGCCUGCGACCACGAAUUCAGAACCUCAAGAACCGCACGAGACAACUCAGAAUGAGGACUUGCCAGCUCAUGGGCAUCCGGCCCCUCAACAAACAAUCGAAGAAGUCGCAUCUACAAGUAAAGAAGCUCUGGCGGAAUCGUCGGAACCUGCGAAGCCUGCAGAAGAGCCAAAAUCAGCAGAAAGUUUAGAGAAUUCUAGUGGCAACAAUAACAGCAAUGCGGUUCCCGUGGUGAAUAACAGGAAUAGUCGGAUGGAACCGAGUCAGGGAACCAGUCAGGGAAUCUCAGAAUGGUCGCAUCAACAUACCACUGUACCUGAUCCGAAAAGCCCACCUCAAGAAGAUGAUGAAUGGCAAACAAUGCCAGCUUAUGCCCCAUACGAUAUCUACGAUGACGACAAUAGGUUAAUUGCAAAGGAGGCACACGAAUCUGAUGAAGAACCGGAUGCAUAUGCAGGUUUAGGUGGUGCUGGUAGAGGAUAUACUAGAGUUCAACUUGACGAAGAUGCUCAAUCUGCGACGAGUUUGGAUGAGAACACACAAUACCUUUUCAAAGAUGUUCAUGGCACUGGAGCUGGAGAAGUGGAAGAUGAGGAGCAGCGAGAUGCAGUUUCUCAAAUGCAAGCUACUAAGGAUCUUUUAACGGAAGGGCAAAGGAUUGCAUAUGUUGGCAUGACUCGACUUAUUCUUUCUAAAAUGCUUGAACAACAGGAAUUGUUGGUGUCAGCAAAGAAAGGAAACAAGAAAGAAUUGCAAGUUUCAGCUGAAGCUAUGAAAAUGUGGACUCAAAAAAUGAUGGUUCGGCUAUAUGCGCACAUGGAAAUCAGUACAGAUGAACAGAUCAUGAUUGAGCAAUUGGCUGAACAUGGAGUAGUCCCUUCGGAUCUGACAGGAACUCUCAUGCAAAAUGCACGAGUAAAGAAUCCUAUGGCCGAGAAAGCUCAUUCAAGUAAAGACUCGGUUGCUUCUGGUAGAAGUCCUAGGGAAUCCAUCUCAUCUCCGCGAUUACCACGAGAUUCCAUACAGUCUCCACGCUUACCACAAUCACCUUUAAGUCCACAAACUCCUCGACGAUAUGAUGAGGAAGAACCGGCUGCUGUACCUCCACCAUACCAAGAACAUGAAGGCGAAGAUUUACCUGAAGUUCGAACUCCUUCACAGCUUCCCACUACUAAGAAUAUUGAUAUCGAUCUUCGCUGGACUGUUCUUUGUGAUCUAUUCUUGACGUUGAUUGCGGACUCAGUCUAUGAUGCACGAUCUAGAACUUUAUUAGAAAAGGUUGGCGAUAAUAUGGAAGUUUCCUGGUUAGAAAUCUGUCGUUUUGAGAAACGAGUAACAGAUGCCUUGGAAAUGCAACAAGCAGCCGAAAAGGAGAAUUGGAAUGAGGAUGAUCAUAAAGAGAAUAGGAGAAAAAUGGCUCUCAAGAAAAGAUAUUUGAUGAUGGGUCUUGCUACCGUUGGUGGAAGUUUAGUCAUUGGACUUUCCGCAGGUCUUCUGGCACCUGUUAUAGGAGCAGGUCUCGCUGCUGGUUUCACUACAAUCGGUGUAGCAGGUACUAGUGGCUUCCUUGCUGGUUCUGCAGGUGCUGCUAUCAUCACAACGGGUGCCGCCACUUCAGGUGGUUUUAUUGCGAUCAAGGCUGCAAAUCGUAGAACUGGAGCGGUCAAAACUUUUGAGUAUAGGCCAUUGCAUAAUAAUAAGCGAGUCAACUUAAUUAUCACAGUCUCGGGAUGGAUGACGGGUAAAGUUGAUGAUGUUCGCUUGCCAUAUAGUACAGUAGAUCCGAUCAUGGGAGAUAUAUAUUCGGUUCUUUGGGAGCCGGAAAUGCUUACAAGUAUGGGAGAUACCAUUAAUAUUCUAGCAACAGAGGCUUUAACUCAAGGUCUUCAACAAGUUCUCGGAAGUACUAUCCUUAUUGGUUUGAUGGCUGCUUUACAAUUACCAGUCGUUUUGACCAAACUUUCAUAUCUCAUCGAUAACCCAUGGACGGUUUCCCUUGACCGUGCAAAUGCGGCAGGUCUUAUUCUUGCAGACUCGCUUAUUGAUCGAAACCUUGGUACCAGACCAAUCACUUUCGUGGGAUAUUCUCUUGGCUCUCGUGUCAUCUUCUCAUGUCUAAAGGAACUCGCCAAGAAAGGCGCGUACGGAUUGGUUCAGAAUGUUUACCUAUUUGGUUCACCUAAUGUGGUGAAUCAGGACGACUAUCUAAAAGCUAGAUCCGUUGUGGCUGGUAGAUUUGUCAAUGGAUAUGCAAGGAAUGAUUGGAUUCUAGGAUAUCUUUUCCGUCUUACUAGUGGUGGCAUCAGACGUGUAGCAGGUCUUGCACCGGUUGAGAAUGUUCCUGGAAUAGAGAAUGUGGAUGUUACCGAUCUAGUACCAGGACAUAUGGCAUAUCGUACUGCCAUGCCCAAACUUCUUCGAGAGGUGGGAUGGGAAGUUGAGAGCGACGAGUUUACUGAAAUCGAAGAUCCGGACCCGGAAAAUCAUGCAGAAAGACAGAGAGAACUUAUUAAUGAGAUCGAGGAAGCCCGAAAAGAAUUCGAGAAGAAAGAGAAAGAAGGGAAAGGAAGAUUUAGUUUCUUCGGUCGUAAAAAGAAAUCGGCCGUCGAACGUAAAGAAUGGGAGACAUAUGUGGAAAGUUCAAAGAAUGAGCAGAGUCGUGAUUCAAGCCGAUCUGGAACAGAGGAUGGCCAAGGGAAUAAUCAUGGCAUUCUUUUCGACAUCGACGCUAUUCGUGCAGAAGUUGCUAGUGGAGUUGCAGCCGAUGGUGGUAGCAACGAGCAUAUGGAGGUUAAAGAACUCAAAUCCACACUUCCACCCAUGAAACUCAGCCUCGCCUCUUCAUCGAAUAGUCCACAAUCCAGUCCACGCAACUCUCUUCGACCAACAAAAAGCGAUGAUGCAAGUACGACAUUACAUGCCUAUGAUUAUCGUUCGCCAGGUCAUUCUCCUCGUCCUUCAAAUGGGUUUGGUGCAGGCUCAACAUAUUCGUACUCGAAUUCAAAUUCUCGACAAGAUCUCGCGAGGAAUUCACCAUAUCUGGCUCAGGAACCUGAGGAUGAACUUGAGAUGACUUUUGAUACGGCGUAUCAUUCUCCUCCUCAUUCGGCCAAUGUUAGUAGUACAAGGCUACCUGAGAGAGGACAUACAAGUUUCCAUUCUUUGGGUCAUGUAGCUGAUGGUAAUGGUGCAUUUGGAGGUGGUUUCGAUGGGACUGGAUCGAGUAGUGCAAGACCGGAAUUAAAAUCGGCCUCUACAUUGCCAUUGGGAAUGGGGCUGGAGUGGGAGUAG